AUGGAAGGUGCAGAUGGGUCAAAGCAUUUCGGUGGUGAUUUACCGUCACAAGAGCAAAGUCCAUCACUAUUGACGAUCAUCCUGGACACCAAUCCUGCGGCAUGGGCGUUACUUCAUCCAACCCUAACACUAUCAAGCGCCAUUGCAGACAUCCUCGUUUUCAUCAACGCCCACCUAGCGUGUAACUUUACAAACCAAAUCGCCAUUAUAGCAAGCCAUUGCGACAAGGCGCAAUGGUUAUAUCCUACUUCAGCCGCACAAAAGCCACCUGGCCACAAACAUGGGAGAGUAAGAACUACGCAGCACGAGACUGAGGAUGAAGACGAUGAUGACGUUCAACCAGCAAGCAACAAGAGAGCAAAAUUGAACGGCAUCCCGAAGACCGACCAUGGCCUUCCUUCAAGCAUGAGUGAAUCCGAGAGUAAAAAGUACCGUCCCUUCAGGAUGAUCGAAGAGGAAUUCAUCAAGAAUCUCCAGAGCCUCAUAUCAGGUACUUCACCUGAAACCGUUCAACAGAAAACAAGUACCAUGGUGGCAGGUGCUCUCACUCUUGCCCUCAGCUAUAUCAACCGCCGAUCACAAGAAUACCAAGAAUCUAUAACAGGUGUUUCCAGCAAUCUAGCAGACCAAGCAGUUGCCGCGGGCUCAGAUCCUCACGCCGACACUGCAAGUGUUCUGCAAUCACGCAUUCUCGUGAUUACCUUGUCACCAUCCACGGAUCUUGCCCACCAGUAUAUUCCCAUGAUGAAUGCCAUCUUUGCCUGUCAAAGAUUGAAUAUACCGAUAGACGUUCUACAGUUACCAUUACCCCCAGACCUGAAACAGCCUGGCGCCAAUAACGUCUCAGACGCAUCUACGAAGUCAUCCCAGUCAAGCACAGUCUUUCUACAGCAAGCCAGCGACGCGACACACGGCAUCUUUAUCGCUGCGAGACUGGAACCUACGACAGACUCUAAAUCGUCCUCGAGACAAACCGGCUCAAACGCUGGAGAUGGCGACGCCACUUCUCUAGCUCGAUACUCCAUGCUUACCUAUCUCCUCACCUCUCUGCUACCAACACCUACAUCUCGUCUUCAUCUUAUUACUCCAACACGUGUAGAUGUCGACUUUCGCGCAGCUUGCUUCUGCCAUCGUAACGUCAUCAGCACCGGCUUCGUGUGCAGUAUCUGUCUCAGUAUCUUCUGCGACCAAAGUCUUGAAAUACUCAGUCAGGAAGGAUGCAUUACUUGCGGCACGAAACUGAGUGUGAGAGCAGAGGGAGUGGGUGGUUGGGGUGGUGGAAAGAGACCAAUUGUUGUUGCACCGAAGAAGAAAAAGAAGAAGAAGGGUUUGGGAAGCGCGGUCGGGACACCACGUCCGGGGACACCAGCGUGA